CCUACACAUGAGAUAAAUCUCGAUGUCUAGAUCUUCUCCUGAAACCAUCUCACCACUAAUUGUUUUAGUAGGCUUUUAACUUGGAAAAUUGAAUACAGUGGAAAAAAUGAUUAAUGAAUGUGUUCUAUUUACUUAAUGAAUGAUACAAAUGUAAUUUUUUGAAAAAGUUAUUCGUUUUUGAAAAUUGAACGCGGUAGGUAAUUAUUUUCAAAUACUACUUAGGUAAACUUUUUUCUUUGAGUGUCGGUAUUUUGAAAAUUCAAGAUGUCAUUGGAAGAACCAUUUUGUGGAACCACAUUCGCAAAUGUGCAUUUGUAUUAUUUACAGAACCUACAAGAUUUUAUAGACAUACCAAUAUUCAUAAUCGGUGUGAUCUUUAACAUAUUCAACAUCCUGGUGUUCACAAGGUGGAAUAGGAAAUCACCGGUAAACCUAAUUUUCACACAUUUGACGUUUGCAAAUUUAUCAGAGCUGUUGGCGUGGAUAUCCUUCACAUGGGUAGCAUUGCAAUAUAACAGCAUCAAGGAAAGAAAUUUCGAAGAAUGGACUUAUACACAAGCAGUAUUGUUAUCGCGAAGCGGUGAAUUGGGAACCAUUUUUUACCGCAUAUCAAUGUAUAUUAUAAUUAUGCUAGCAAUAUGGAAGUAUAUAGCUGUAUUUUAUCCAUCGAAGGAAUCUGAAUGGUGUUAUAUGAAAACUACACGCAAUACGCUGGUAGCUAGAUGCAUUUUGCUUUUGAUACCGCAGUAUUUGUCACAUAAUAUUGAAACGAUCAUACAUCGGAAGGCAGAGAUUCACUUAAACACUGUUAAAACCGAUUCCAUUAUGUACACAGCGUCACAAAUUAUCAAAGUUGGCUUGUACGAAUUAUUUCCAUCACUUGUGUUACCAACAUUAGGUAUUAGAUUGAUCGUCAAACUAUGGACGAAAAAGGAGCACCCAACUCAUUCUUCCAACGUUGAAAACAGCACAGACAAUGUCGAAAUGAACCAACAAACCAAUCGAUCAGUAAUCAUAUCGAUGAUAAUUGCGGCCCAAUGUUUAAGUUUCGUGAUUCCAUUAGGAUUAGUCGACCUAGUACGUGCAGUUUUUGUACGCAGUCGUUUUUCAACUCAUAACGAAUGUGUUGCUAGCUUCCGAGUGAUACUCAAUCUUUUAGAUUCCAUUAAUAAAUCUAUUACAUUUGUAAUAUAUUACGCGAUGGAUCAAGAUUUUAGAGUCACAUUCAAGUCUUUGUUCGACAAAAAUAAUGCUUCUUUUUGGAAACUAAAGUACGUUUCUUUGAGCAAUACGAGAGGGGAUGAUGAAAGAUUAGAAAUAGAUCGAGUUUAACACAGGUAUGUAAUGUUAUAUAAAUGCAACUUUUGUGGUGAAAAAUGUGGGUGAUAACCCAGGUGAAGAUUAUUGGAUCCCCGCGGAUCAGAUCUGUUCAUUCCUAAUCAGAUCAAAAUCAAAUAAGAGACCUGAUUGGAUCUGAACGGAUCUGAUUAGAAAUGGUCUUGAUUAGACCAGAUCAGAUCCGAUCAGAUUCGGAUGUAAUACUCAAAUACAAUUAUAUGUAUUAGACAAGAUCGGAUUAGACCUGCGCAGAUCCGAUCAGAUCCAAUCAUCUAUCACUGGGAAGAUUUUUAAAACCAUCAAAAAUAUUUUUCAUUCAAAUGUGUGAGUUUUGGUGCCUGUCAAGAGAAAAAUAGCUUCCUCUAAAUAUAUUAUAGAUUAAGCAAGGUUCAUGUUUCAUGUAUUAUCUAUAGGUAAAAAAUUGAUGUAUUUAGGUAGGUAUCAUUAAAAAAUCCUCGAAUUAAAAAAAUAUACAAAUAAACUGAGGCUGUGUGAAAUUAUUAGGUACCGGAACAAGUUACCUAGCUAAUUAUACUUAUUAGUUUUUAAUAGCCUUAUGGUAGUUUUGAAUUCAGCGUUUUAAAAAAACGUAUAAAACCAGUAUUUGCAGAAAAUACAUACAAAUUUCGAUUUCAAUUUCAAUUUUCAAAAAUUUUAACAAAAUCUUUUUCAAAUCCAAUAGAUACCAUACAUACAUGUUCAACAAAUCUUACCAAAAUUCAAAAACAUUGAAAAAAAUCCCAAAAUUGUACUAAAAGGUCAUCUAAAAUGGAUUAGUUUGUACCGGUAGGUCGUGCGCCCGCAGCUACCACCAUAAGUGGAAGUUGUGAGCCCAUAUACGUAGCAUCGCGCAGCUCUAUUAGCGGCGCGAUCUAGCGGUGUAGUUCGAAGAAGCUUCACCGAUCGGAUGCUGUGAAAGCAGCAUCAGUAUGUUUUUGAUAGCUUUAGCUACAUCACGUUGAGACUGAAUGCCUGCUAUGCAGAUGAGUAAGCUCAACUUAGGGAUUCGUUUAUUUACUGUAGUAAUUGUGUCUUUACUCAUUCGCUUGUAUAUUUUGUGUAGUCGUGUAUAUAUUGUAAUAGAGCAGCGUAACUUAGUGAAGCUGUCUCUGACUCUCGAAAUAAAGCGUCUUAAAGUA